AUGGCUCAGGGAUUGCUUAAAAAGGCAAAGCCUAGCACCAAGUCCAAGCGCCCCGCUGCUCUCGGCCCCAAGCCCGGUCCGCGCCAAAUCGCACCUAAGAAGAAUACGCUUGUUAAGCAGCAGAAGAUGACCAGAAAACUCACGGCUGGAUAUACGGCGAAGACGGAGAGGAGUCUUGCGGCUAAGGCGGGGCAUUUGGAGAUGUUGGCUGGUGGGAAGAAGGAUAAGAGGGAUCAGAAGAAGUAG